AAAAAAAAAAAAAAAAAAAAAAAAAGAUAAGGCAGGUUCUUGAAUGUCAUAACCGGUAGGAGGUGCCGUGAACGCCUCCCCAGGUAGCUAAACUCGUAUUUACGGUAAAGCGGACACGACAGCAAACUGUGAAUGUGGGUGUUUUCCGCAUUCCCCAACCGCCUGUGAGCUUCAGGACCGAGCGCACAGCACAGCACAGCACAUACGUUGUUGGACAUUUAUUAGGAGCAGAGCAGGGACACAUCCAUGGGAUAGACGACGGUUCAUGGGAUCCGACCUGGAAGCCGAAGCACACGGUCCAACGUUGGUGUAUGUAGAGUUUUGAGGAUCAUGACCCACUUGAGGUUGACUGAUAAAUAGCCAGGAGCGGACCAACAAAAGACCAGGGGGAUCGAAGUGAAAUCAAACAUGGCAGUCUUCAAGCCUGAAAAUGUGGAAGACUUCUAUGAGAUCGGGGAAGUUCUGGGAAGUGGGCAUUUUGGUCAGGUUCGACAGGUUCGUGAGCGGGCCACUGGGACUUUUUGGGCAGGCAAGUUCCUAAAGAUUCGGAAGAACACGUGCAGCCGUCUGGGCCUGGACAGGAACAGUGUGGAGCGGGAGGUGGAGAUCCUCCAGGCUGUACAACAUCCAAACAUUGUGACUCUCAAAGACCUUUUUGAGAGCCGAGCUGAGGUGGUGCUCAUUCUGGAGCUUGUCAGUGGAGGGGAGUUGUUUGACUUCAUUGCUGAGAAGGAGAACCUGCUGGAGAGUGAGGCCAUUGAGUUCAUGAAGCAGAUCCUGGAGGGACUGGGAUUCAUGCACAGCAAAAACAUUGCCCACUUUGACCUCAAGCCAGAAAAUGUCAUGCUGUCAGAUAAAGUGUCACCACACCCCAACAUCAAACUCAUCGACUUUGGCCUGGCUCACCAUUUUCAUGAGGGGGAGGAGUAUAGGAGCACAAGUGGCACCCCACAGUACAUUGCCCCUGAGGUGAUCAACUGUGAACCUCUGAGCACAGCAGCAGAUAUGUGGAGCAUUGGAGUUAUUACCUACAUACUAUUGAGCGGUUUGUCACCAUUCCAAGGUGAGACUGAUGAAGAGACUCUGAGGAACAUCAUUGCCAUGAACUACGAGUUUGAUGCGCGGUAUUUCAGCAUGACCACCUCCAUGGCCAAAGAUUUCAUCCAGAAACUCUUGGUGAAAAAUCCCAAUGAUAGAAUGACAGCUGAGGAGUGUCUGCUUCAUCCAUGGAUUAAGCCCAUCACGCGCAAACAGGUGGCCAAUAGGAAUCGAUCCUCAAUCAAUAUGAAGAACUUUAAGAAGUUCAACGCAAAAAGGAAAUGGAAGAUGUCCUAUAACAUGGUGUGGAUGUGUAACCGGCUGGUCCACUUGAAAUUGCUGUGUAAAGGGAGCUCAGAUCCAGAUCCACUACAGAGACAAUGUGAAAGCGACGUAGAGGACACAGAAAGCAAGCCUGCCUCUCUGCUGCGUCGCAGACUCAGCAGCAGUUCAUAGAGCUGACCACAGGACGGCAGAAGAGUCCGGGAUGUUCAGCAGAGCAGAGAGGCCCAAACUGGAGGGGAGGAUCCCUGAAGGGAAAUGUUUUCUUUUACACUGUUUUAAGAGAAAUAGACAACUAAAUGUUGUAAAGUGUUACACAGUGUCUCAGAAGUGCCUGAGAUUGUAGUGUUAAAUAAGUGAGCACUGCCUGAUCUGAUGAGCAUUUCUUUAUGAAAGACAUUUAGAAGAUAAAUUGGUGGAAACUUAGGAUGGACUGUCACAGUUGAUACAUGCCUUUAAUGAUGCUUGUUUUGAAGGUUAGAAUGUAUUUGGGUGGUUACUAAUUUGGGGAAACUCUUUGAUUAAACAAUGUGCACAGAAAAGCUUUAGGUAGAACUCUAUUUCCUCUGCAGAAAAUGUCAAACUAAUUUUAAUUUGUCUUCCAUGACUUUUACAAAUGCAAAUACUAGAUCUAUUUUUGUUUUAAAUGUUGUCCUGUGAUGGCUAAUACUGGUAUAGUAUGUACAAUAUAUGUAAACAUAAGGAACUGUAAAAAUAGAAUACAAAACUGUUACACUAAAGUUGUUUAGCUAAAAGGAAAACCAUGGUUACUUAAGUUUUAUUUUCAUAGCCCUGGCCACAAUUUCAACCACUUAUGAUAACAUUGUACUCACCAAGUGAAUAUAACAGAGUGACAUCGCUAAAAGAAGUUUGGGUCAAGAAACUCUCAUUUACUUAUUUAGCAGAGAAAAUGAAAGCGAGUGGUAAAAUCAUUAGCCACAAUGUCUGUUGGAAACAUCCAUCACAGUUUACAGACCCAUUUCCUGCUUUUAUUUCAAUCUGUGUUGUGUGUGUAGUUUCUUUUGCUAUGAUGGAUUAUUAGUAACAUUUCAGGUCUGUUUGAUCUCCAAAUAAAGUGGUUUGUUGGCUUGUUUGCAACCUGUCAUCAAUAACAUGUACCACAGACAAACUCUUGCUUCAGUUUUGACUCACUGUAGUUUUGAGCAAUUUGUUUUCCUGGUGAAUGAGGAAUUGCAGUAAUUGGUGGUUAAUGUGGUUAAACUGUUUGUUUAAAACUUGAUUGUCUGACUGCUCAUGUUUGUUGCCCCAUUGGACCUAUUUUAGCAACGUCGCCAUGUUCCCAGAUCUCAUGAAUUACUUUGGUGAGCACAAUGUUAUCAUAACUAAUAGAACUGAUGGCUGGAGCAAUAAAAAUAAAACCCAAGCUGUAAUAAACUAGACUGUAAAGCAGA